AAACAAGCCGCAUAUAAAUAAGCAAUUGUCCAGAAAAACCCUAUAGUUAGGGGAACAUCCUUCGUUCGCGACGAUCUUCUUCUGUUUCUCCUGUUAAUCUCCUGCCAAAGGUAAGUCAUGGUUAAGCAUAACAAUGUUAUCCCAAAUGGUCACUUUAAGAAGCACUGGCAGAACUAUGUGAAAACUUGGUUCAACCAGCCAGCAAGAAAGGCUAGAAGAAGAAUCGCAAGGCAAAAGAAGGCAGUACGGAUCUUUCCAAGGCCUACUGCUGGACCUCUUCGUCCGAUUGUUCAUGGCCAGACUUUGAAGUACAACAUGAAGUUGAGAACUGGCAAGGGUUUCACUCUCGAAGAGCUCAAGGCUGCUGGUAUUUCAAAGAAACUUGCACCUACCAUCGGUAUUGCUGUCGAUCAUCGCCGUAAGAACCGAUCUCUUGAAGGUCUUCAAGCCAAUGUUCAGAGGCUUAAGACCUACAAGGCCAAACUUGUUGUCUUCCCAAGAUGUCCGCGCAGGUUUAAGGCUGGUGAUUCUACUGCUGAAGAGCUUUCAACUGCAACCCAAGUCAAAGGACCGUAUAUGCCUGUUUCUCGCGAGAAGCCUUCGGUUGAGCUUGUGAAGGUCACGGAAGAGAUGAAGUCGUUCAAGGCCUAUAACAAACUGCGUGUGGAACGAAUGAACGAGCGACACAUUGGUGCCAGAUUGAAGAAGGCUGCUGAGGCGGAGAAAGAAGAUAAAAAGUAAGUUUUGCCAUUUGGCUUGUCCAAAAUGACUUGUUAAAGACGGUAGCCGUUUUGUUUUCAACUGCAAUUUUAGAACAUUUUUAUUAUGUUUGUGAUUCAAUUUAUUGAAUCGAUAAGCUUCAUGCAAUACCCAUGUAUACUAUGGUGUUUUUUAAUCAUCUAUUUUGAUGUUGUGUCAA